AUGAUAGUUGAUGAUAAUUUUAGCCAUUUGAACGAACGAAUAAUAGUGCAUGAUUCCGACGUUUUGAGCAUUUUACAUGUUUUGGGUUCACCUUCGGAUGAAUUCAGCUUCAAGUUAAACAUGCUGUAUGGGGGUUCGUUUCACGAGGAAAUGCAGUCCCCAAAAUAUGAUUAUCAUUUUGUUUACGCCCUCGUGCGACCAGCUGGUUCCUGGUCAUUUGCGGAAAGACUUUCUGAUAUCGUGGAUUUGACAAAAUUGGAGGAAAGAGGAAACAUUCUCAAGAAGAUGGACAUCACUGCCGCCUUGCAGCACAUUAAACAUGUGAUACAGCCAGAUAUGGCUCUACUCCAUUUUGUUUGUUUAAAAGGAAUGACAACUUACAGGGCGCUCUUUGAUGCAUUGGAUAUUCCAUUAGUGGGUGGAUCAGUGGAAUCGCGAUAUCUUUCCAUGGACAAACUCAUUACACGUGGUGUUUUGGUCUCUUGCGGCGAUGUUUCAUGCCCUGAUGGAUUUAUUUACCACAAAGGUGACCCUCUAGAGUCUGAACAAGUUAGGUAUCCAUGUGUUGUCAAAGCAAGUCUAGGAGAAGACACCAAAGCAGUGCGAUUAGUGAAAGACUCCAAAUUACUUAACGCAGCUAUUGAGCAUGCGUUAUCGUAUUCAGACCAUGUGAUCAUUGAAAGUUACAUAGAGGGACGGGAAAUUCGCUGCGCUGUUGUUGAAUCAGCAGCAAAUGGAGAAUUAAAAGCUUUGUCUUGCAUCGAGUAUAAAGUACGAGAAAAUGACAUUCGAAGAAGUGAAGACAAAUACAGCUGCAAUGAAAAAGGAUUACCUGUUG